AUGCUGACUGGCAAUUCCAUGUCCUCCACGGAAGCAAUUCCCUCUCUGCCGCAUGGACACGGUCUUGGCCAUUCCAGAGGCCGAGGCCACUCUCGUCGCUCGACACCUCUCUCCCAGCCAACCCCAAUCUCCUCUUACGCAUUGCCCCCCGCCCAGCAACGCUCGUCGCAGUCAUCUACGGAUAUAAAGGAUCUUAAUGGUCAUGCUGAUGACUCUAAACACGGAGGCCACCAUCAUUCGCAUUCGCAUGCCUCUGAUCAUCAUGAUCACUUUGAGCCGCCAGCUAUUGCCCAUUCACAUGAAUCCAAGCAGCCUGGAAUACAAGCGGAAACUACCCCCAAGACUGCUGAGGUAGUUGCGGGACUUUUGAUUGCCCUGCCGUGGAUAGCUUUGACCUGGUACUACCAGCACUAUGCGCAAUGGUUGCCCUCCGAACCUGAUUCCACUGUGUCUAUCGGCAAUUUGGAUUGCAUAAAUUCACGGACGUCUGGCCUGACCGCUGCGACAUUAAUCUUUUAUGGAGGCGUUGUCUUGAUCCGCCAUGGCCAGCAGGUUGGUAGUGAUUUGGCAAUGAAGAUGCCCAAACCAGAUCUGGCAUUCGCAAACAAUAUGCUUAGUCAAAUACUUGCUGUUGGUUUACCGAUAUAUGCGGCAUUAAAUGUGGGUGGCUUUCUUGUCGCCUUUGCCCUGGCCCUGGCCGUGGGUUCUGGACUACCCACUCUUAUCCGAGGUCAUACCGACAGCAGUACUAAAGUGGCGCUCAGUCAGAAGUACUUGACUGCUGGUCUUCUCCUAACGGCAAUAUUUUUGAGCUUCUUUGGAAUGAAUGCACAGUGGGUUGCCAAACCCAUUCUUGGAUAUGUAGCCUUGCUGGCUUCAAUCUUUGUCCUCCGUCCUCCUUUCGCAUCAACAUUACAUUCGAGCUCUGUAUCAGGGCAUGGCCUUGGAAUUUCCCUUACUAAGCGUCCGAAUGGCUCCACGCAAACGCUAUCAAAUUCAGAUGUGCCACCUCAAGAUCCGAUGGGUUCGGCUCUAUCGGGCCUGGUAUUAGGAUGCCUCACAGUCCUUGUGACGCGGAGCUUUUCCAUUGGUCUUUCUGAUGUUGUAUAUCUAAUGGUGACUGCAGGAUCCUUUGCCACAUGCUUAGCAUAUCUGGAACAAUCUGAUGUUCAGUCAUACCGCAAGUUUGGCGUUGCUGUUGCGACAGGGAGCGCCGCCCUAUUUUGCUCGCCGCCUGUCGGCGUCGACAUAUACACGGUCUAUAUUACUCGAGCUGCCCUAAGCGCAGCCUCUUUUUUCGCCUCUAGAUUUGACGAUAGACGUGAAGGACAUGAACAUCACCAUCAUCACUCCCACUCAACAGCCGAGUCUUCCCGUGCAACGAAGCUUAUACUCCGCUACAGUGAGCCGUAUCCACUAUUGUACAGCAUACUCAAGGAACGCGACUCACGCCGCAUAUUUUACUUUAUGAGUCUUAACUUCGGUUUCAUGCUUGUUCAGCUCUCUUAUGGCUUCGCCACAGGGUCCUUGGGUCUGUUGAGUGACAGUAUUCACAUGUUUUUCGACUGCCUUGCGCUCGUGGUUGGGCUCUGUGCUGCUGUCAUGAGCAAGUGGCCUCCGAGCACAAGGUUUCCUUAUGGUUAUGGUAAGGUAGAUACGCUAUCAGGAUUUGCAAACGGAAUCUUUCUCAUGAUAAUCAGCGUUGAGAUCAUUUACGAAGCAGUGGAGAGGCUUUCUUCUGGUAGCCAGAUGCAUCGACUCGGAGAACUUCUCGCCGUCAGCGUAGCAGGUCUGCUGGUAAAUCUCGUCGGGAUUAUGGCCUUUGACCACGGCCAUGCGCAUGGCCAUGACCACGGGCACGGCCACUCUCACGGUAAUGAGAAUAUGCACGGUAUCUUUCUACACAUCCUCGCGGAUACCCUCGGUUCGGUUGCUGUUGUGAUCUCGACCAUCCUUGUUCAUUACUCUGGCUGGUCAGGCUACGACCCAAUUGCAUCCUGUAUGAUCGCAAUUCUAAUCUUCGCCUCCGCUGUGCCCCUUGUCAGUAGCACCGCCAAAUCCCUGCUGCUCACACUACCAGCUGAUGUCGAGUACAACGUCCGUGAAACUCUAUCCGGGGUUAGCACUCUGCGGGGUGUCGUUGGGUACACUGUUCCCAAAUUCUGGCUGGACGAUACCGAGUCAAAAUCAGCGGGACAUGGACACCAUGGUCAUGGUCACGACCAUGGCCACGGUCACACGCAUAGCCACAACCACAGUCACAAACAUGAUCACGACCAUUGCCACGAACACACCCACGAUCAUGGCCACGACCAUGACCAUAAUACCCACCAUAAUCAUGCGCACAGCCACGGACACAAUCACAAUCACAAUCACAAUCACAAUUAUGAUCAUGAUCAUGACCAUGACCAUGAGAAGCAUAACCCUCCAGUCCUCGGCGUAAUUCACGUCACAGCCUCCCGAGCAGCCGAUUUAGACGAUGUCCGCCAACGAACCGUUGCCUACCUUCGCGAAAAAGGAAUGGACAUACUCGUUCAAGUUGAUCGCGAAGGAGAGGGGCGCUGUUGGUGUAGCGCUGGCGGGAAUAAGGCCUCCUAA